AUGCCUCGUCGUUUUUGGGGUCUAAGGAGGCUGUUAAGAAUGCCUAUAACAGAGACUGGGGACCAAUAUUCAAUAUGGGUGGGCUUAAUUUAUGUCUUCAACUUAAUUGUUGGCACUGGAGCCUUAACCCUUCCGGCAGCCUUUGCUCGAGCCGGAUGGGCUCUCAGCACAAUAUCCUUGAUGUUCCUUGCAUUCAUGAGUUUCUUGAAUGCUACUUAUGUGAUAGAAACUAUGGCUUGUGCUAACGCUGUGUUUAAAUGGAAAAGGUUGCAGACUAUCAAGAGGGAGAGUAUCCAAGACCAUGAAUCAGAUGACGACCCAUCUACGUCACAGAACAACCACGGUGACCUUGAAGAGCCCCUGGUCUGUGGUGAUACCAUCCCCUCUCGAUACUACAGCCUCGACCGGCGUGUGGAGCUGGGAGAGAUGGCCAACCUAUUCUUUAACAAACUCGGCAGGACCACUUUCUAUUGCACUCUGUGUAUAUACCUCUAUGGAGACCUGUCUAUAUAUUCGGCAGCUGUUGCGAAGUCUGUUAUGGAUGUAGUGUGCUCCCCGAUUCCUCCGAACGUGACUGACUCGAAGGUGUGGGAUGAGCUGCCGUGCUUCAACGCUUCUACCGCGGAGCACACCGGGUACACCCGGCUGGACACCUACAGGGUCGCUCUGCUCACAUUCGUCGCAGCCAUGGGUCCCUUUGUCUUUUUUAACGUUCAGAAGACCAAGUACCUGCAGCUGUUUACUUCGGGCAUGCGGUGGUUGGCAUUUACAAUAAUGAUCUCAAUGGCGAUCCACCUGCUGGUGGGUCGCGGGCCGCAGGGCCACCCGCCUCCGUUCGACGUGACGGGCAUGCCCACGCUGUUCGGCGCGUGCGUGUACUCGUUCAUGUGCCACCACUCCCUGCCCGGCCUCAUCGCACCCAUCCGCGGCAAGACGAGGCUCGGCCUGCAUCUGUUCUUCGACUACGCACUCAUCGCCAUCUUUUAUCUGCUCCUCGCGUUCACUGGCGCCUUCGCCUUCGCACAUCUAAACGACCUAUACACCCUCAACUUCAUACCAGCCGACAACGACAACAUAUUCCUAGAAAUCAUCGAAUAUUUCCUCGCACUGUUCCCAGUCUUCACUUUGUCCACCAGCUUCCCAAUCAUCGCUAUAACUUUAAGAAAUAAUUUACAAAGUCUCUUCCUUGACACCUCAAGACUUGAAUCUUACAAUUUUAUUUUGAGGAGAGUGAUAUUCCCCAUAGUAACUGUGGUUCCUCCAGUAUUGCUUACUUAUUACUUGGAAGAUAUAAGUGUUCUGAUCGAGUUUACGGGCUCGUACGCCGGGACGGGCAUUCAGUACUUCAUUCCUACGUUCUUAGUGGUGUCUGCGAGACGCCACUGCACUAACUUGUUAGGGUUAGGAGUAGUCAAUAAGUAUAAAAGUCCAUUUUCCCACGUUGCGUGGGCGAUCUUCGUCCUGUUGUGGUCGUUUGUGUGUAUAAUUCUAGUGUCAGUACACAUAUUCGAGAAGAACUCAUGA